AUGGCUUUUCCUCCUUAUCGUCGAUCUCACUUCCGUAGCAAAACUUAUAGCUCCCUUGUCCGCAUUUUCUCUCGUCUUUCUCCUUCCACCAUUCUAACUCAAUCCGAUAAUGGCAAUGUUAGAACGAGACGAGAAAGCCAGGGACAGGAGCCGGUUGGUUCUAUACCCUUGAAGGAGAUAUGUGAUGUUCAUGAGAUCAUUGAGAGCGUUGGAGACAGGAGCAAGGCUUUUAGUGUCAAUGAAAUUGUCCUUGACGAUGAAGACUCUCUGAUGGGAAUAGAUGAACCAUCCUCACUAACAAAUGGUUUUCAUUUGGAACAAAUAAUGGAUGAAUUGGAGCUUGUUGUGAAAGGGACUGAAGAUCCUGUUUGCAAUGAUGGUUUAAUCCCUUUGAACUGCGAGAAACAGAAUAGUGGUAGUGAAGUUGAUUUAAUGGAUUACCGAGUAGAGCAUGUUGAAUUUCUGCAUUGUGGUACAAACACGUCUGGUAUUGUAAGUGAGCUGCAAUCUCAGGUACCUAUGGAGCUUAAUCAAGUUCAUUCAGAAGUCUUUCAUGUGUUGGAGUCAACAAAUGGACAAGCUUCCGAUUCUGUAAUCAGUACAACAAGUAUAAAUCAUGAUAGUCAACAAAAGGAAAUAGAAUUGGUGAAACCGGUUUCUCCUGUAGCGGGAUUGCUUCCUACAAUACAAGAGGGUGAAUUUGAGAAGGAAGAACAGUAUGGUCAUCAGGUUGAUGAAGUAGCUCAUAGUUCUUUAGAUCAUGAUAAGACUAUUGAAGCAUUGAAUAUGACAAAAGAAGAUGUUGGGUUACUGGAUUCAACAAUUAUGGAAGAUAAAAACAAAACAAAAAAUAAAGAGAAAUUAGAGAAGUUAAUUUGUGUAACAGAUGCUACAAUUUCUUCCGAUCUUCUGAUAGAAGAAGAUCUAGAAGAGGGGGAAAUUUCUGGAGAGUUUGUAAUGGUGGAUGAAAACACAUUUGACGUGUCUUCCGCGGAUGCUACAAUUUCAGAACAGAUGAAAAUGGAUGAGAUUCAGAAACCCGGGAAUUCAUUUGGAAACAAGGCAUCCCCCUUCAAUAUGGUUAACAAUGGGCUUGUAGAACCUAGGACUAUCAAUGCCAUACCAACAUAUUUAACCCCAAAGCAAGUCUUGCACAAAGGAUUCAUGGAAGAAACCGCUAUCAAAGAUCUUGGUAACUCGUCUGCUGUACAGGUAUGGAUUUUAUCUGGGCAUAUAAACUGA